AUGACUACCACAAUAAAAACGCCACACGUUCACCUCAAGGUGGUGAACGAGAAAAAGACCGACCUCUCGCUCGAGAGCUUGUUUGGCUCGGUCCCACUAACCACCUACUCCAACGACCCCAAGAUGGAUCCUGUUCCUGUUAAUUGGGGAUCUGCGGACCCAGCUGUUCGUGGACCAAUUAUUGCAACUAAAAGGGGAAACGGGUUGUGUUGCCACAACGCAAUUGGCGCUCACGCUGGACCUUACUCCAUCUACCGCGCGCUAGCAGUGGCUUCCAAGCAGCUCGACCCAGACCACGUCCCCGACUAUACCAAUGCUGAGCCUCCAGUAAACUUUCCUCAACAGCCACAAUGGUCCGAUCCGUCCAAAAUCGUGGCCAUGGACCCCUUUGGACACCUGGCUCCCUGGUUGUUUGCGGACUCGGACGUUGAGGUCCGGCCCACCAUCUCCAUCACCAAGGCCCACCUGCAAUUGGGCGACCUGCGCGACGAAGUGGCCUCGGGAAAUUUACCAGUUGACGGUGACGUUGUUAUAAACCAAAUGGGUGAUUUGAACUGCACGAAAUUGGCAGUCGACCCGGUAUGGUACCUUCCUGGAAUUGCCUCGAGAUUCGACAUCUCUGAAGCCGCACUUAGGAAGAGCCUCUUUGAAGAUACCAACGGAAUGUAUCCAGAGCUGAUAACCAGACCUGACAUUAAGGUAUUCCUUCCUCCUAUCGGUGGACUCACCGUUUACAUCUUUGGAGACCCCGCCAAGGUUUCCGAUCCAUCUUCGAAGCUAGCCCUGCGUAUUCAUGACGAGUGUUCUGGUUCAGACGUCUUUGGCUCAGAUAUCUGCACAUGCAGACCUUACCUGAUGUUCGGAAUUGUCGAGGCAGCCAAACAGGCCCAACAAGGUGGUUCUGGAGUGGUUGUAUAUUUCAGAAAGGAGGGCCGUGCUUUGGGAGAGGUUACCAAAUAUCUCGUCUACAACGCUCGUAAGCGUGGUGGUGAUACUGCUGCCGAGUAUUUUCACAGAACCGAGUGCAUUGCUGGAGUCAAGGACAUGCGGUUCCAGGCAUUGAUGCCUGAUAUUUUGCACUUUUUGGGAAUCAAGAAGAUCGAUAGAAUGCUUUCAAUGUCCAACAUGAAGUACGAUGCCAUUGUGGAGCAGGGAAUUGAAAUCAGGGAACGGGUUCCUAUACCAGAUUCGAUGAUCCCACCAGAUUCACGUGUGGAGAUUGAUGCUAAGAUUGCUGCUGGUUAUUUUACAAACGGUAAAGUGAUGACUCAGGAGGAAUUGAAGGAAGUGAAGGGCAGAUCCUGGUGA